AUGCCCAAUAGCACCAACGGCAGCCAUGCCCUCCCUCCUGGCGUCAUUAAUCCGGAAACACCAUUUGCGUAUUUGACUCCAACUCUGGCGGAGCAAUUCGAGUCCACUAGACACAUUAAUGUCGCCGCUCUUAGUGCCUGGAUAUGGGACACGAUUGUGUCAACGCCACAGGACUAUGCGCUCCUGUUCAAGCAUAAGAUAAAUUUACCGACGGCCGUCUAUUUCCUCUCAAAAAUAUUUUCUCUCGCUUAUAUAACAACGUCCACGAUAUUCGUAGUAUCACCCGUCGGGUCGUGCCAAGCCUUGCAAGUAGCUUUGGGCAUAUGCUACAUCUUUGCCGUUUCUUCGUCGUCGCUGCUGUUCAUUUUUCGUGUCCGAGCAGUGUUCCACUUCCAACCAAUGGUUGUCUACCUGUUCUACUUUCUAUGGGUUGCUGUCCUGGGAUCCGCCAUGAUAAUUCCGUUUUCGAUCGCCGGAACGCAUAUAGGGCCGACAAGGAUGUGUAUCAAUACAGAGGUCAAGCCCUAUACCUCUGCCGCAGUCAUCAUCAACGGUGUCAACGAUACCUUAGUGUUCCUGGCAAUCUCAUGGCGUUUAUUGACUAUGAAUCUUGUGGAUGAGUCAUGGUCCGCGCGUGUCAGAUCGUUCGUACAUGGUAGAGGCUUCUCAAGGCUGACCGGGACCCUGCUCCAUGGAGGCCAGCUCUAUUAUCUCGCGACGGUUGGCGUGAAUAUAUUGACCAUCGUCAUGGUCCUAACACCCUCAGUCCCACCCUUCUAUCGUGCUGUCUUCACUAUACCGAACAUUGCGCUGGAGAACGCGAUGGCCUGCCGCGUGUUCCGGCAGCUGAAACUGGGCAUCAUUGCCGGGGGAGAGUCGACAUCAUUUACGGCCUCCUCAGCUCAGCGGACUGGCAUGGCGAUGAAUUUUGGCGGGACCCGGCGUGGAAAUCGGUCCGAGCUCGAUUCAGAAGCUGCUCUGCACUCGCUCCAAGACAUGCGGCCUUCGCGCGAAGAUGGCAUACGAGUCAAGGCCACCGCCGGCGGGCUCAGCAGCCUCCUCUCGCUCUCCAUCGCCGCCGAGCACGCUGGCCCUAUCCCCGUCCCGCCCCCACCGCCCACCCUGCCGGAACCCGAAGCCAGCGUCGGGAGCUACAAUGCGUACGGCCACGGCAGCCUCCACACGAGUAUGAAGCACCGCCGCCUGUCCUCGGCGGGUCAGACCCGCCGGCGGCUGAGCGACGCGCGGGACGCGGCCGCCCGACCCUCCUCGCAGGCGGCGGCGGCGGCGGCGGCGCUGCAGUCGCUCGCGGCGCUCUCGCUCUCGGCAACCCCGCCCCCGGGGCCGGCGCAGGGGGUAUUCAAGCUCGAGAAGGCUGCGAGCACGGGGACGCCGAGUAGUGCUUCGACGCCGAUACCGAUUCCUGCUAAUAAGGAGAGUGAGGGGCAGGAGAAGAGCCCGAGCACCGGGAGUGGGAGCGGUAAGACCGGCAAGAAGCGGGGGACGAUAUUCCAGUGCGAGAGCUGCUCGAAGGUCUACCGUCAUCCUUCUUGCCUGAUCAAGCACCGUUGGGAGCACUCCCCGCACUGGCGCGAGGCAUCCAAAUUCGUCCUCAGUAAACACCAACAGGUGCAGCUCCUCGAGGCAGCAGCCAUCCUCUCGCACAUGAAGCCCGGCACCUCGCUGCCCGACGACCGCUCGCUGUGGCCGUCCUUCCUAUCGGGCGGGCUGCUCCCUCCGCCGGCGACGACGAACCUCGCGGUGAACGGGACGACGAGCCGCGCCAAGUCCGUGAGCGCCGCGUCGUCGUAUAAUGCUGCCGCCACUUCCAGUUCGGUGCCUAAUGGACGCGGGUCGGCGGGCCCGCGGAUGCACGACUACGAGGUUGCGGGCGGGGGGAUCACGCAGAUACGCCCGGGCUUGGUGGGCGUGCCCACUGCUACAUCGACAUCUGUGCCUGCGCCGAGCGCGCCCGUGCCCGUGCCCGUGCCGGGCAGCUACUCGUCUGUGAGCGCGAGCGUGCAAUCGGAGUCGUGGGCGUCGUCCGCGGCGGGGUGGUCGCUCCCGAGCUCGUCGCUGCGCUCGCGCUCGGGGAGCCGGAGCGACGAGGAGUACGUGGACGUCGGCGAGGCGGAGGGGGUGCCUGGGGGCGGGUUCAGUGCGAGGAGGUGGGGGAGCGUGAAGGAGGAGGAGGGGGAAGAGGGAUGGGAUGGGAUGGAGAUGGAGAUGGAGAUGGAGAUGGAUUAAGGUGUGAAUAAGAAGGGAAGAAGAAGGGUGGGAGGUGUGUUAUCUAUCUGAUUUGAUUCCGAUCUGUAUAGUUGUGGGCUUGUGUUUGUUUCCUUUUUCCCGUUGUACACGCCUUUGUGCGCAUUGUUGUUGUUGUGUUAGUAUGGUUUCUCCCUUCCCCUUUCUGUCCACCCUUGAAGCCUUCAAUUUUCAGGAUGUGUCGUAUUUUCUUGAUGAGUCCCCACCCACCCUCAUACGGAUGUAUAUAUGGAGCACAUGUCGCUGUCUGGAGUGCAUGUAUAUUGUAUUGUUAUUGAACACAAUCAAGGAAAUCGCUG